UAGCAGCAUGAGUCUUGAAAUGCAACAUUAUGAGGAAGCAGCAUUUCUCUUUUCCUUUGGCACCAAAACUGGACUGUGAGAAAAGAAGUGCUACAACUGAAACAACUGGAUCCACUGGAUCCAAACUGCAAAGGACCUUGCGUCCCCAGGGAAAACCCAAUAAAUAGUCUCCAAAUCCAGCUACCUUUUCCUUUGGGAUGGUUAAUUAUUACCAAGUCCUAGGGCUGCAUCAAAAUGCCUCACAAGAAGAUAUCAAGAAGGCCUACCGCAAGUUGGCAUUAAAAUGGCAUCCUGACAAGAACCCUUAUAACAAGGAAGAAGCUGAGAAGAAAUUCAAGACAGUUUCUGAGGCCUAUGAAGUUCUGUCAGACCCUCAGAAACGUUCUCUCUAUGACAGGCCUGUCAAAGAGCCAAGGUACAGAGGGAGAGGACCAUCUGAGGGACACUUUCACCACCCAUUUGAUUUCGACUUUGUAUUCCGCAGUCCUGAGGAGAUCUUCAGGGAGUUUUUUGAAGGAAUGGGCAUCUUUGAUACUGACUUUUGGGACAACCAAUUGGAAGAUGACAACAGUGGAGGGGAAAGCAGAAGGGAACCCACAAGUCUCUUUUCAGGACUUGGUGCCUUUGCCAAUUUUGGAUUCAAUGCACUUGGGUCUGGUGUCCACAGAGUGUUCUCAGGUGGGUCUUUUGGAGACGACAGCAGUGAAUCACAUAACAUCAGGUCUAUUUCGACUUCUACCGAAGUGAUCAAUGGACGAAGAAUCACCACACGAAAAAUUGUUGUGAAUGGGCAAGAAAGAGUUGAAAUCGAGGAGGAUGGUCAACUGAAGUCCGUAAGAGUAAAUGGAAAAGAGCAGUUGAAAUGCUAGUGAAAUGCUCUCCUCGUGUCUGUUCAAAAAGCAAUAACAAACUGCUUCAGCAAUCUUAAAUGGACUCUUGGUCCGUAAAAACGGAAUCCAACUAAUAAACUCACUGAGUUCAAGAUGUGUUUGGAAA